CAGCCAAGCGCGGCCGCGGACCGGCUCCGCGCCAGCGGCGGUUGGCAGCGGGGUGGCGACCGUUAUGCCCGCCCCCGGUCCCGCCCCGCCCGCUGGGGCGGAGGGGCCGCGGGCCGGCGGGCGGGGCGCUGGACCCCACCGGGGCACGGGACGGGACAGGGAAGAAGGUGCGUCUUCUCCGCACCGGCGGGACAGCGACACCGAGGCUCCCGGGCUGCUGCCGUGCCGCCAUGGCUCCCGGCUCCGAGCGGCUCUUCGACUCCCUGGGACACUUCGGCAGAUUUCAAGCAUGUGUUUAUUUUGCAUCUGUCUUUCAAGCUAUGUCAUGUGGUAUCCAUUACUUGGCAUCUGUGUUCAUGGCUGUUACUCCUAAAUUUGUAUGUGGGAUCCCUGGAAAUGUGAAUAGUAUUCUUUUCCACAACUCCUCCGAAUCAAGUAUAGAGGACAUCUGGACACUAUGGGCAUCAGCAGAAAAUUACAUUGUAGUCCAGCUGGAAAAUGGAGAAAUUUGGGAACUUGAUCAGUGCAGCAGGUCCAAACGAGAAGUCAGUUUGGAUCUGACAUAUGAAUACGAAGGCAACAAGUCCAUAUUUUCUUGUUCUGAUGGAUUUCUCUAUGAUGAUACGAAGUGGAAGAGCACUGUUGUUACACAGUGGGAUCUGGUCUGUGACCGAGAAUGGCUUGCAAAAUUAAUCCAGCCUACAUUCAUGCUUGGAGUCUUGUUUGGAGCAGUGAUUUUUGGUGACAUUGCUGACAGACUGGGAAGACAGCGUGUUAUAUGGUUCACAAGUGCUGGUCAGUUUGUAUUUGGCAUCGCAGUGGCCUUCACAUUUGACUACUACAGUUUUGUGAUUGUGCGCUUUCUCCUUGCUAUGGUUUCAAGUGGCUAUCUGGUUGUGGCUUUUGUUUACGUGACUGAAUUUGUUGGCAUUAAAGCACGAACCUGGGCUUCUAUGCAUGUCCAUGCUUUUUUUGCUAUGGGAAUUAUGGUUGUGGCACUUGUGGGAUUUUUGGUUCGGACCUGGUGGGUCUAUCAGAUAUUUCUCUCCAUAGCAACUCUUCCGUUUAUCUUGUGCUGCUGGAUGCUCCCAGAAACGCCUUUUUGGCUCCUGUCAAAGGAAAGAUACGAAGAUGCACAAAAAGUAAUUCAUAUAAUGGCAAGAUGGAAUAAAGUAAGCACUCCCUGCAAAGUUUCUGAACUCUACUCUGUCCAACAAGAUGAUCUAGUGAGUGGCAGAAUGGGUGACGGUGACACAUCCUCAACAAAGAAGCACAGCAUCUUAGACCUGUUUUGUAACUGGCACAUUGCAAGAAGGACCAUCACAGUCUGGCUGAUCUGGUUCACUGGGAGCUUGGGGUACUAUGUCUUCUCCCUCAGUUCUGUCAGUCUAGGAGGCAAUGAAUACUUAAAUCUCUUUCUUAUAGGAUUUCAAUAUAUUAAUUAUCUUGGCAAAUAUGGCUGGAAAAUUUUCAAUAGGUGUGGCAUUUGGCCUUAUAUAUCUCUACACGGCAGAACUAUACCCAACAAUUGUAAGAUCACUUGCUGUUGGAAGUGGAAGCAUGAUGUGUCGUGUAGGAAGUGUGGUUGCUCCUUUCUGUGUAUAUCUGAGAAGUGUUUGGAUUUUCAUGCCUCUUUUGCUUGUUGGAAUCAUGGCUCUUCUGAGUGGAAUAUUAACAAUAAUGCUUCCAGAAACACUGGGAAAACCAUUGACUAAUACUUUGGUGGAAGCUACAGAAAUGGGAAGAAACAAGAAAAGCUGUUCAGAAAAGACUUCUCCAGCACAUUGUGGUGCAGCAUGAGAAAAGAUAGAGAUGUUUGGUCAAGAAAACAGUCAGCACUGAGAAAUAAAGCAACUGCAAAACAGCUGUUCCAAUUUUAAUCAUUACCUAGUAUGUAAGAUCUUUUUGUUCCAGAAAUGUUACUGUUCUGUAGUAUCUGUGCCUUUUACUUUGUAUCCAGUCUUGCCUUUUCAUUAGAGCAAGUAUUUAUGACGUUUGUGACUGAGGUACUCCAUAAAAUUUGAUAGGAUUUCUAGUUCCCUUGUCAAACUUACCCAGACUUUAGAAAACCUAUCUUGACUUGCUGUGGACAGUUGGAAUGAUUACUGUAAAUGUUGGAACAUACCUGAUUACACAUAGGUAAAAAAUAUGCCAAAUCUUUGCUUCACAUUUCCUGCUGUUAGAUUUGCAAAACCACCACAGAGUGCCCUGUCCACUCUUGUCCUGUUGCAGCUGACAGUUACAGGCUUGAGACUUCAACACACAGUAAACUCAGACAGUUAUGAUUCAAGAGAGAAGCCUUAACAUUGCAUCAAGUCAUAUCAAUAAUUUUAAACUAAUUUAUUAUUUUUUUUCCCAAGUUUUCUACUAGAAAAGGUGCCAUUACUAAUAAGGAAAGUAUUCUGUGGAACAGCUUCAGACUGAAAAGAAAUAAUACUAAGUUUGCAAAAUAUGCAAAUAGUUUGUAUAUUCAUUCUGUUGAAUGGCAAAUGCAUUUUUAUUAGUGGUUUAGAAAAAUGGGUCUUACUCAGGCUCUCUGCACAGAGGUGGACUUAGUUACUAAUGAGUGUUUAGUAGACAUGGAGUAGUAGACACACAGACAUUUUUCUCAUAGAUCAGCUGUCUGUAGCUCAUUUUUUCCUUAUACUACACAAAAUCAGUUAGAAAAAUACAAUUUUAAAAAUGGUAGCUGGAGCACACUGAUCAAUAGAAAGAAAAGUUACCAGUUACUCUUGUAGUUGUAGUCAAAGUGUGUGUAAAUGUCCCACUGUUGCUACACCUUAUGUAGAUCAACACCACUUACUUGCUGUGUGGUGAUUCUGCCUUACAACUGUGGACCACAGAAAGCUGGUAAAUAGGAAUACAUCAUUCUGGCUGCUACUUUUGUGGCUUUCUGUCCCACCACCCCUUUUUCAGUCUACCUCCAGACCUGGGCGUUCCUUUCUUGCCUGAGGAUCUGUAUCCUCUUUGCUUGGCCACCCUUGGCUUGAGGGGAGCAGCACAGGAAACUUCUGCCUGUUGAGGUUCAGACAGUUCUCUCUCGCCUGGGCUGUAUGAACCCUGUCAUCUCUGUUUUGAAAUCAGGGUUCUUCUCAUCUUAGGCACAUACCCUCAUGCUAGCUGGUACAAUUUCAUCAAAACAAGUCAUCCUUGUUUACUUCUUUGCUAUGUACCCCAAAAUAAGACAUCUAUGUUACCGUAGAUAAAUAUUCUAUAAGCUGUAGAGGUUAAUGGCCACAUUUUUCAAUUGUAUCUGUACAGUCAAAUUAGUUUCAAUGACUUCUGAAACCAGAAUAAUGGUUUAUAUACCCUUAUAAAAGAUUUUUCUUUUCUUCACUGCAUUGUCCUAGAGUGUCAAAUAGCAUUUUGGUCCCGGUGUUAGGACAAAAUCAUAUCCUAUAUUAGGACUAAAAUGCUUCAAAGCAAGCUAAAACCAGUAAGUUUAAGUUCAGGGAGUUUCUGUGUAAUAAUUACACGGAAAGCAGAAAGGAAUCUUUAUGCUUCCUUCAAUUCUGUGGGUGUUCCAGUAUUUGCAGAGAAAACCUCUGAAGAGAAUGGCAUAGAAUACUGUGGCUUCUGUCCAAAUAUAUUAGUUCAGCAAAAGCAUGUGCUUAACCUUACCCGCAUGAGUAAUCCCAUCUUUAUUCAGAGAAUGACUUGAAUACAUACUUUUAUGAGUGAAGAUACGAUUACUCACAUGCUGUGGCUUUUUGUUUUGCUGAAGAGCAGACCUAGUAUUCUUCCACUGCUUUCAGAUCCCCCUCCAUUUCCCAGAGCAGAACAACUCUCCUUAUCUGCAAGAUCAGUUGCCUAACCCUGCGUGCUCUGCCUUAAACAAGGUUUUAACCAUGCUAAAAGAGAAAAUGUCAUGCAAUACAUCUAACAAGGAAUUAAACUGGUACUGUCUGACAUUACAACCACCCUCCCUCUUGAGAGCUCCAAGUAAUUGCAUUAUUUUGGGUUUUUUCCACACUGAUAACUCCCUCUUUUAUUAGUACAAGGUCCUAUCUUAAACUCCUUAGUCUUGAGUGCAGGGGCCAGUAUAGACUAUUUCUAGCAAGGUACUAAAGAACUAUUAAAAUUAAUUUUUCUACUUCCUUACCUGCUGAAUAACUGAUUUGGGAGUUACCCUGCUAAAAACAGUCAAUGCAUGUUCUGUGUUCCUUUGACUUGACGGAUCCAGGACCUGGUCAUCUGUUAUGAUAUACAUAACAUAAAGAAAAAAAAAGAAGAAAGUGAAAACUUACAUGCACCAAUGAUACUGAGCAAUGCUUGCAGGCUAAAGUCUAAUGAUGAUCUAAAACACAGUGUAGUUUGAUAGCUUUUAAUCCCAAAAGCCAGUUCCUCCUGUCACUGAAGUCAGUUGGUAUUUGGUCUUUGAUUCAAGUUAGAUCUGAAUUUCCCUGAACUAAUGAUGUUACUUUUUGCCAUAGAAAUAAAAAUUUUAUUGAUCCACAGGUACCCCUUUUGUGAUUUUAUGCAUGAACAGGGUAGAGGAUGCCUUGGGUUAUCCUGUUCUUUAACCUGAGAAAGCAUAUUACUGUAAAGAAGGAAAUAGCAUGUGUCUAUAUGUCUAGCAUUUCUGUUUGUUUAUUUUUUCCAUAUCGACGAAAAUAUGUUUAACACUAGUUAUACAUUAUAAGCAUAACGCAGACAGGGUGAGUUGAUGUCUUUCUCUUAAAUAUUCAUAGAUUAUCUAAAUCUCUCACAAGAUAACACCAAGUUUGAGAAGGCUUCUGUCCCUGUGGGAUAUAUUUAACUGUCGUUGCUCAUAAAAAGAAUUACUUUUCAGAGUUUCUGAAACUGAGUCCUUAAGUUCUUUUAUGUUUGCAUUUCUCAUCUCUAUCUUAGUGCAAAUUUAUUGUGCUGAUCAAUGUCUCUGGAGUUACAUAAUGGUUUUAGGAAAUAGGUUAGAUAGAUUAGAAUUCUUACCUGUCUUAAUUGCUGGUCACUAUUGCACAAUGACAAAUGGUUUUGUCCUAAAUUUUAUAUCAUAUUUUAUUAGACAGACUUGCAGUUUGUUAAGGACAUACUUUCUGGGUUAAAUAUAGGAAUGAAGGCAAUUAUCAUUGGUUUAAUGAUAACUAAGGAUAAAUAAUAAGUAAAUGUGUUUGAUAUUUUGAAUCUGUAUUUUGAAACUGAUAAGAUGUAUUUUCUACUUUAACAGCUCACUUCUUACAUUUCUUUGUGCAAAUUUCUAUAGUUUAAACAACUAUGUAAAAAAAAAAAGCAAGCUAUGCAAACUUUGUGCAAUCUGUAGAAUGUUUUGGGUGGUCCCCUGUCUGUCUGAACAAGGGGGUGAAUCCUGCCUGAAGGCUGAGGCCUUCUGCGUAACGGCUCUGUGGAAACAAGAUGGUCUGACAUCCCAGCUCUGGGAUGGAGUGGAGGACUCAUUGGCAUUCUCCUGCAUCUUUCACAGCUUAUUUUUGCCAACUUCUUAGGUGCAGUCAUUUAGGAAUCCUCCGCAGCAUUGGGCUCAGCAACACGCAAAGCCUGCGAGUGCCUUUUGCAGGGGCUUGUAAAAGGCAUGGAGGCGUGAUGCCAAAAGGCAUUUGUGGCUGCAAACAGGAGGGUCUGGAUUCCUCCUAUGCCUUUUACAAACAUCUUAAAGAUGCUUGUCUGAAUCUCAGAACAGAUUUGUAGGGGACAAAUUAAACUCAAAGAUUUUUUUAUUUUUUUUUUUUAAGAGUGUUGACAAAAGAACAAGUUUAUUCUGUCAGGAAAAAUUCUAGUAAUGCAGUCAAGCAGUAUCUGCAUUGUUACAUCUCACAUGAAGAAAGAUUAAAGCACAUCUAUGUACUGGUAACCUGAUAAUUUUGUACAAGAUUCUGUACUAGGUGGCAUGUGCAUUUUGUUAACAUGGGGAAAUAUGUACUCACAGGAAAGCAUUUGCCCAGAAUAUAUGGAUUUAAUACAAUAUAUGUUAAUGGGAUUUUUCUUAUGUGUGCUUAUUAUCUGCAAUUAUGUGCAAGAAUAAAGUCAAACACACAUUAUUUAUCUUUACCUUUAUGAAAUUUAAUGAACUGUUAACACCAAUUCUGAGUUUGGUACAUGUUCCCUUGCAAGAGCUGGGCUGGAGCUUCGGCCUUCCACGAAGAGCCCAUGGUUUAGGCUGGCAGGUAUCGUGUGUGUCUUUUCCCUGUUUGCGGGUGUAAAUGAAGGUUUGGGUAAUGUGUUAGGUGGUGACUAUGACAAAAUUUGCAAUAAAAUGUCACAUGUUUUGGAUUUCA